ACGAAUCAGCAAAUGAAGUGCUUUGGGGCGGGCUUAAAUAAGGAAGUGCGCGAGGAGCCUUUGCUGUGCCAAAAAGUUUGCAGCCAUGUGGCCCAUUGUCUGGACUGCCAUGCGCACAUACGCACCCUACGUGACCUUCCCGGUGGCAUUCGUUGUCGGUGCUGUGGGCUACCAUCUCGAGUGGUUCAUUCGGGGGACCCCCUCCACGCACCAGGACGAGAGGGGUGUUUCGGAGGUUCGAGAGGAACGCAGACUGGCGGAGCUUGCUGGCCGGGACAGUACCGAGGUCGUUAGCCUGAAGGACAAAAUCGAGUUCACGCCGAGGGCAGUGCUCGAGAGAAACCGACCGGUGAAGAGUUAAGAAAGUUGUGGGAAGUGUUAAUCCCCGUUGACUGCUGAGGGGAACUUUGUCAUCUUGUCAAUCGUGCAUCUGUUUUAAGAACAGAAUCCAACCACAUUCAGGUUCUAAUCGUGUCACUGACACUAGAAGCUAGACCAUUAGUGGAAGUUGCUGUCACAUAGGCUAUUUAAAUUCUGUUGUAUUUCAAUUCUGUUUUUCUGUUUAAAUUCUGUUGUAUUAUGUUGUAUCAAAGCUGCGCACAAUCAGACCGACAUACACAUAAACAUACACAUCCUUCUGUUAGGGUGGUUAACCAAAUUUGCAUCCGACUCCCAUCACCUCAUUCGAGUGUGAUGUGAUUGUAUGAUUUGGGGACUUGUUGUCUCUUUGGACUCUAGGUGGCGGUGUUGCACAUGUAUUUUUUGACUCGUCCACCAGGUCUCGGGUGUGACUGUAAAGCAGAGCUGGGAAGGUCUGUGUGGGAUGGGGGGCAACCGAUGAUAACUCCUUCAGUGUGUAAACUGAAGAAAGAGGCCUUGACAGAGGGGGGAAUGGGGUGGCGGGCUGAUGAUCUCUGGAACUGGGAGAUACAACAGUAGUGUGUUGCUGAGUUCCAGAGUUUCUGUGGUCCAUUUUGCAGAUGGCUGUUUGGUCAUUAUGAGUGCCUGCAUAAAGUGUGUGUGUAUGUUAUUAGUUAGGAACAGCUAUUGUGUUAUAUGUCAUCUGUAUGGAACUCCAGAGUAAAGUGUUACUAGCUAAAACAUGUACCCUAUUUUACUCAACUGUGAAACUGUUAGACUUGGAUUCAACCUUGAAGAGCCAGAGACUAUCUGAUCAGUCACUGAACAUCCACUGAGUUAGCAGAGAGUCUCGGUCCUUGAGCUUGGCUGAUGAGACUGGCACAUAGGCAGUCUCCAUUCCCACAUAUACACUUGCCAGUUGUGUUAAUGUAACGCCUCCUGUGUUGGUCUGUACUGUACCAGUAAAGUCAAAGAGCCCUUUUAACUGUG